GAGUAUUACUGCGAGAAACGCAUUAAACCAGACAAAAGCAGUUUUAUGGGUGGACGAGGAAACCAAAAAGUACGUUGUCGUCUGGUCGAUAGGUCUCUUGUAUAUGAUGUUCACUAAGAGUGGAUUUGAUAACUGGAGAGAGAUACCUACAAGAGAAGGUCCUGAGAUUCUCCAUGGAUGUCAAGACCUUGUCUACAAAUACAACAAGCUUUAUGUUUUGAGUGAACAAAACCGAAUCAGAAUCUUAGAUUUCUCUCAAGAACUCCCUAGAGCGAAUUCGGAUAAUGUUUACCAUAAUCCUUUUAAGAAUGAUGGAAAAGGGAGGGCUAUGAUCAUCGGUGUUACUGUCUCUGGAGAUGUUUUGAUCGUUAAGAAUCAGUUGAAGAAAAUUUUCAACAUUUUUAAGAUGGGUUUAGAAGGGACAAGAUGGGAUCGUGUGAAGUCAUUAGGGGAUGAGUCUUGGAUUGCGGAUCUUGGUGUGACUGUACGAGCUUCAGUUAAUGGCACCAAGCCAAACUCGGUUUAUUAUUGUAGAGACAUGAAUGUUUAUUGUGGCGAUAUUUCUACUCGAUCGCAAGUGAUUCAAAAGUAUUUCACGAGUCUAAAGUUGGGUUGCGUGAGAUUCAUACGAAAUGACGAGUUUGAAUACUUUCUUGAGCUCUACGGCACUAAGUUUCUCUUGACGUGGAACGAUUUUAGGUUUGAAAAAACUGCUAUUCUGUGGGUAAACGGGAGAAAUGGAGAUUACAUCGUUGCUUGGGCUAUCAAACAGUUUUAUAUCUUCUCAUACAAGAAAAUAGGAAAUGAUGAUGUUGGUGAUGGUGAUGGUGAUAAGCGAUGGAGUAUCACAUGCACACAGUGCGAGGAUAUGGCUUAUAAAGAUAACAAGCUUUAUGUGUAUACUUUUGAUCAUUACAUCAACAUUUUUGAUUUUUGUGGAGAUUAUCCUAAAGAAGCCAUGGAAGAAAACCCUUAUCUUAGUCAUCCUUUUCGUUUCGUAGAUACGAUUUAUAAGUUGAGACUUGCGGUCACAAGAGCAGGAGAGGUUCUAAUCGUUCUGAGUUUAGUAGGGUUAAAUAGAAAGUUUUGCAUCUACAAGCUGAAUCUUAAGAUUGGUGAUUGGGAAAUAGUAGAGUCUUUGGGAGAUGAAAUGUUGAUAUUUGGUCAUGGGGUCACACUAAGAGCACCGGGAAAAGAUAUUAGUGGCGGAGGACUCAAGAGUGAUUCAAUAUGUUUCCUUUAUGAUGACCAUUUGUCUGAUCAUCAUCUUACAAUGAAGACACAACCAGUUUGCGGUGUGUUCGAUCUUGCGACAAGUACAAUCACAUGGCAUACAAGAUUAGAAGAUCUGUCUUCCAAGAUUUGUUGGUUUGUUCCAGGAUAUGCAUAGUCUUCAUAAGCUUUGUCAAAAAAUCUCCUCCUCAGUCACUGAUUUUGGUUUUAUUUGAAUAAGUACUUGGAUUGUAACGUAACAUGCUUUCUUUUAGCUUAUAAUCAUUUUUAGAAGAUUUCGCAUUAUUUCCCAAUGAAUUUUUUUUGCUAAG